GACGUCAUUGUACUGUACUUUCCAGUGGAGCUCUACAUGUUGUGCCCGGGGACAGUGCGACUCAUGUUGCGGCCUCAGGGAUUUAAAAAUGCAUCCUCUGUUCGCACGGCUCCAUCGUUUUACGGCUAUUGA